AUUGCAUGCGUGCGUCUGCGCUAAACGUUAGCACGCAGCAAUUAAACAUGCGGCAUGUGGGUUUCAGAUUGGAAAUGAAUAUUUGAUGUACUUUUUCAAAUGUUGUGAUUGUUGUGAAAAGCUGAAGUGCUUGAGAAAAAAAAUGAGGGCUGAUUCUGAAUCAGCGCCAAGAAAAAAAAAAUCUUGAACUGUUUACUUGCAUCUCGGAUAACUGCAUUUAUGCCUAAGAAUAAAAAUUUGUUUUAAGACGAGUGCAUCUGGUCAAAACAAAACAACGAUGACUGUUGCUUAUUUGUUCGUCUGCCAUCACGUCUGUGUUAAUACAAGCUGAGGGUGAGCGAAUGCGCUAAAAGCUACUUAGAGGGGAUGGAUGAGGGAUUCCGUUUGGAAUGCGUUCACAAUAUAAUCCUGACAGGUUUGGGGGUAAUUUCGUCACCUUUUGUUUAUUUUUCCAGAUUUGACUUGAUUCCGCUGGGAGCCACCGUGGUCGCGCCGAGGCCACGACACGCUUGCGUCUUGUCAUGGUUUCCUGCCCUGCUGGCUUGGACAGAGGAAACGCUGCCUAAGACAACAAUCCAUCAUAUCUUGUACCGUAGCUGACAAUGUAAUUGGGAGGCCUGGUGAUGGCAGUGCUGCCUCAACAAGGGAAAAUACAGUGAUGCCGGGGCAUCAUUGUUACAUUGCUUUUUUGUCCAUCGGAGUCAGCAUCCAGGCGUGCGUCCGGAAACUUUCCAGCGGGAUGGCCGGGGUGACGCAUGGUCUCACUGAGGGGUGGCCAUGAACACAUGUUUCCUUUGGAGCGGCUCUGGAUUUCGUGAGAGAAUUCUUUGGUUUCUGGACGAAGAGGAAAAGGGUUGGAAGCAGAAGAAAAGGAGCGGAGUGGUGACCGAGAGGAGGAUCUGGGAGUGACCCCCGCUGUCCAUCAGUUACCGUUGAUGAUGGGAUCCAACUCUACUGCAGAGGAACCCAGGAAAUUAUAGUCCUGUCAAGUCCAUGAAAUAAGUGUGCUAUUGGCUGACAUUGAUCAGGUGCGCGUUUACCCGCCUUUGAGGAGCUCUGACAUGGAUGCCAGGUGUGCUUAUGCUCAGCUCGGCGUGGGCGUACGUCGGACGCCGCGUCAGGGCUGAAACCCCGACACUCUCCCUCCCAUGAGCCCGUGUGCCCGGCCGGACACGCACACCCGGCGCCGCCACGCCACGCACUCACGCGCACCCGGCGCCCACCCACGCACCCGGCGACCCCCGCCGCGCCAGUCCAGCGGAGCCUGCUCGGAGCCUGAAGGAUGUCGACAGAGACGGAGCUCCAGCCGGCGCUACGGCCCGGCAGCCUCAGGCGGGACUCCAGGAGGAAAGGGCAGGAUCGCAGCGAAGCGACUCUCAUCAGGCGCUUUAAAGGCGACGGCGUCCGCUACAAGGCGAAGCUCAUCGGCCUGGACGAGGUCACAGCGGCCCGCGGAGACAAACUCUGUCAGGAUUCCAUGAUGAAGCUCAAGGGUAUCGCCGCAGCGGCGCGAUCCAAAGGGGAACACAAGCAGAAAGUGUUCCUGACUGUUUCCUUUGGAGGGAUCAAGAUCUUUGAUGAGAAGUCGGGGGUGCUGCAGCACAACCACGCCGUCCAUGAGAUCUCCUACAUCGCCAAGGACAUCACCGACCACAGAGCGUUUGGCUACAUCUGCGGCAAGGAAGGCAACCACCGCUUUGUGGCCAUCAAGACCGCCCAGUCGGCUGAACCAGUGAUCCUGGACCUGCGGGACUUGUUCCAGCUCAUCUAUGAGAUCAAGCAGCGUGAGGAGAUGGAGAAGAAGGCCCAGAAGGACAAACAGUGCGAGCAGGCCGUCUACCAGACGAUACUGGAGGAAGAUCUGGAGGACCCGGUCUACCAGUACAUUGUGUUUGAGGCCGGACACGAGCCCAUCCGUGACCAAUCAGACGAGAGCAUUUAUCAGGUUCCCACCAGCCAGCAGAAGGAAGGGGUCUAUGACGUCCCAAAGCGACGCCCAAAUAUCAACCAAUUAGAGCUUUUCGGGGACAUGUCCACACCCCCUGACAUCACCUCGCCGUCGACCCCUGCCUCACCUGCCAACUCCCUGGACCCGUCGCAGGGCCCGCAGCCUCCCGCUGAGCUCUACGCCCCCUACAACCCUGCGUCUGUGCCCUCAGGUUAUGUGACAAUGGGGGCGGUUCCCUCCGGACACUGGUCCCAGCAGGCCUUCACCGCCCAGACGCCGCUGGCCUUCGGGGUCCAGUCCCCUCUGGGCCCAGUGGCGCAGGUGUUGCCUGGCGGCCAGCCUCUCAUCUGGGGGCAAGCCAACAUCUUCCCCGCCACCCAGCAGCAGUGGGCGGCCAUGGCGGCCGGAGCCUUCCCCCCCGCAGCCUACCUCCCCGCCCAGCCCGUGGGCACACUGCCCGCAGCCAUGUUCCAAGCGAUCGCCCCCGUCCCCGCCGCGUCGCCGGCCGGCGAAACGCAUUCAGGUGCAGGCGCCGCGGCUCCCUCCGCAUCGUCGAGUCCGCAACAUGAGGAGCGGGCGAAGAAGAUGAGCAAAGAGAUGUUCAAGGACUUUCAGCUGGCCAAGCCGCCGGCGAUGCCGUCAAAGAAGGGCGAGCAGCAGCCCGGCUUAGCGGGCACCUCGGAGGCAUUCAGCACUUACUUCAGCCGCGUCGGCACCGCCCAGGAUACAGACGACUGCGACGACUUCGACAUCUCCCAGAUGAACCUGACGCCGGUCACCUCCACGACACCUUCCACCAACUCCCCUCCCACACCGGCCCCCCACCAGAGCUCGCCCUCUAAAUCGUCCGCCUCGCAUGUCAGCGACCCCCCGACGGACGCCACCGACCCGCCCACGGAUGACUCGUUUGGGGAAGCGGACGGCAGCCCGAGCCGCAGCGGGGAGGAAGAUGCUGCUUGUGGUUCUGGGUCGCCCUGCCCCAGUGAGCCAAAAGGGCCCAGUCCAGACCAGGCCAGUCCGGAGGCUGGGAGCUAGAUAGCAGCAGGGCGCGAAGAAGAAGGACCCACUGUAUGCCCGCAUCAACAAAGGGAAGAAAUAAAAACACAUGGGAACAGCAAGGCAGCCGGGACCAGCACUGAGAAAACUGAAGGAGGGAGAGCCCCCCGAUCCCCAACAAUUGUUUGUGUGUGUGUGUGUGUGCGUGCGUGGGUGAUCUUCCUGCCCCCUCUUUGCUCACUGACUCCAGGCAGGCCAGGUAUCCACACGUCUGGACUUUUCCCACCCUCGCUUAUUGCUCUCCUCGCUCCUUUCUUGGCUUCCUCCGCCAUCUUUGCCGUCUGUGUAGACUGUCACAGAGGCCCGUCGUUGGUUUGACUCGGGUGCCGAAACAAACUGGGAGCAACUCACUCGCCAAACACACGCACACACAUGUACGCACACACGUCAAUACAGUUGGCCCAACCCUGAUUUAAAAGGACCAGAACAAAUGUGGAAGGGCCACAGAGUUCAUUCUCUAUAGCUUUUUGUACAAUACUAAUGACAGGAGAUUAAACAAUGAAGAAAAGAGUCAAUUGAAGAGAAAUAUAACAUGAUUUUUUUUUCAUUUUCUUUUUUUUUUUUUUUUUUAUAAUUCAAAAUUGAGCCGCAAUGUGGGGUUCAGCUGUGUCGAGUGGUUUAAAGGCAUCUGGAUCAUGGGGUUUGCCAUUUUGUAAAUAAACAUGACUCGCCGUCUCCACCGUGUCACAUCUCUGUGCCAUCAAAUAGGGAGGCUUGCAGUUAUGCAAAUGUUUGAACCCAAGCAAUAGCCACAUGCGUUUCCCCGGGUAUAGUCCCACGCUUGGCCACCCUUUUUUUUUACAGCUCCGUCUUGCUCAUCUUACCGUUCUCCCAGUGCUUGCGUGGGUUUUCUCCGGGUACUCCGUUUUCCUCCCACUUUCCAAAAACGUGCACGAUAGAUGAAUUGAACACUCUAAAUUGUACCCAGGUGUGAGCGUGCACGCAAAUAGUUGUUCAUCUGUGUGUUCCUUGCAAUGAAUGAUGCAAGAUUCGCUGGACAUGUCAAUCAAUCAUAAUAGGACACAUGAAAAAGUCAAGGACUCAAAAACCUAAAACUGAAGAGAAAGUCGGCUAUUUUCUUUCAAGGCAGCCAAUCCGCACUUGGAUAACACACCACAGAAACUGGAGAACAAAGUCAAAUCAGCCCCCAAACAGAAGCGGCUAUCCUAGACAGAUGGAUGACGUGAAAAUUGUCAAGCUUUAUAGCGUACGCCAUUAAAUGUGUCUUUGAUACCUCGCCAUCGAAAAAGCCCGUGCAAGGGACCCGUUCAUCACUGCUUGUUUGUGAUUGGUUUUUAUAUUUACUUCCAUGAUUUAACGCGAGGAAACAUUCAUUGGAAACCAAUCCGAGAUUAGCUGGCAUCCAUCUUUCGAGGUUGCACUUUGUUCUACUUGCCCAUGUGACUGCCUUCAUCCAGCGACUCCCUGUUUUAUGGCCACAGUCUUCUUCACGUCACUUGUUCGGGACCCUGAUGACGAUGAUGAUGAUGAUGAUGAUGAUGAUGAUGAUGCUGUUCUAAAGAUGAAGCAAAGACUUACAUAAGAAAAGGGAGCGGGAAUAUUGCUAGAUUUUACCUCAACUAACAGUUUCUUAAUGUAAAUUGACAUUAUUUUUAUCUUUACAAAAAACUGACAUCCUGCAGUCGCGGUUUUCAAUCAUUUUUUUUUCUCUUUUUUUUCUUUUUUUUUUUUUGUUAGGUUUGUAUUUGCUCUUAAUUUCCAUAUGUCAACCGUGUAUUACUGUUUCAAAUAAACACAUCUCAAUUA